AUGGUGAGAUCAUACACCAAAUAUGAGCAGACCGAUUCCUUUGGAGUGGUCGCGACUGCCACUUCGAACAUAGUCUGGACCCCAGAAGGAGCGGCUCAGCCCGGAGUGAAUCGACCUGCAGGCGCCGGACGCGCAUACGCCGCCGCGAACGAAGAAGUUCUGUGCUGGGAUGUGAAGAAGGGCGAGCUCUUGAGCCGGUGGCGGGAUGCUUCAUGCACAGAUGAAGUCACUGUUAUAUGUCGGAGUGAGGUGGACCCAGAUGUCUUUGCAGUGGGGUACGCCGACGGAAGCAUACGCAUUUGGGAUGCGCGAACAUCGACCGCGAUCAUAAGCUUCAAUGGACACAAAUCUGCCGUCACGACACUAGCAUUCGACAAGACUGGAGUGCGGCUAGCAAGUGGCUCGAAAGAUACGGACAUUGUUAUAUGGGAUCUGGUCUCGGAAACUGGUCUCUUCAAGCUGCGAGGACACAAGGGUCAAAUCACCGGUCUGCACUUCCUGCACCCGGCUAGCACAGCGCAAGAAGACGAGGAAGAUGCGGAGAUGGACACAGACCAGGUCUUCUUACUGUCUACCAGCAAGGACGCCCUGAUCAAGAUCUGGGAUGUAAACUCCCAGCACUGCAUCGAGACACACAUCGCACAGACAAAUGGAGAAUGUUGGGCAUUAGGAGUAUCACCAGACGGAAGCGGAUGUAUGACGGCAGGAAACGACGGCGAACUCAAAGUUUGGGCAAUCGACCUGCAAGGCCUAAGGCAAGCUGCAUUUGCAGUGGGCGAAGCUUCGGAACAGCAAUAUCUUACCACAAGAGGUAUUCUAUACCGCCAAGGAAAGGACCGAACACAAGGCAUCGCAUUCUACGCGAGAUCAGACUACAUCGCAGUUCAUGGUGCAGGAAAGAGGCUGUGGAGAUUUGGCGGAUACGGAGCGAAGAGGAAGGAGAAGGCGAAGGGUGAGGCAAACGGAGAAGUGCAGGAGAUUGAGGAAGCCGACGACAAAAUCAACAUCGCAGACGCUGAGAUUAGUGAAGUCAUAGUACCGUAUGUGACGGUGCGGACGGCUGGCAAGGUCCGAUCAGUAUCAUGGAUGCAUACCAGGAAAAGCAAGAAGCUACAAUUACUGGUUGGCACAAACAACAAUCUCAUCGACAUAUACGAGAUACCACAGAAGGGCAAGUCGAAGACAGAAGAGGCACCGGACUACAACCGAACACUAUCUGUGGAGCUCGCUGGUCACAGGAACGAUGUUCGCGCUCUCGCUCUAAGUUCCGAUGAUCGCAUGCUGGCAUCAGCGUCAAGUGGAAGUCUCAAGAUCUGGAAUGUACGAACACAAAAUUGUCUGCGUACGUUGGAGUGUGGAUACGCACUUUGCUGUGCAUUCUUACCUGGUGACAAGAUUGUCGUCGUAGGAACAAAAGACGGCGACAUUGAGCUGUACGACAUUGCGGCAUCUUCACAACUCGACAAGAUCCAGGCGCACGAAGGAGCUGUGUGGACCAUGCAAGUCCACCCUGAUGGCAAGUCACUCAUCACAGGAAGUGCAGACAAGACAGUCAAGUUCUGGAACUUUGAGAUUCGUACAAUGCCUCGUCUCAAGCUUGUUCAGUCGCGCAUUUUGAAAGUCAACGAUGAUGUGUUGAGCGUCCAGUUCUCACCCGACUCAAGACUACUCGCCGUUGCAACUCUAGACAACACCGUCAAAGUAUUCUUCGUCGACUCCCUAAAACUCUUCCUCAACCUCUAUGGCCACAAACUCCCCGUCCUUAACAUGUCAAUAUCGAGCGACAGCAAACUCAUCGCCACCUGUUCCGCCGACAAGAACGUGCGCAUCUGGGGCCUCGACUUUGGCGACUGCCACAAAGCCCUCUUCGGCCACCAAGACAGCAUCAUGCAAAUCGCCUUCAUCCCGCACCCCGUCGACGGCGACGAGAAACACAUCUUCUUCAGCGCUAGCAAAGACAAAACGAUCAAGUCAUGGGACGCCGACAAAUUCGAGCAAAUCCAGCGCUUCAAAGGCCACCACGGCGAGAUCUGGGCUAUGACGGUGGCACGCACGGGCGACUUUGUGGUUACUGCGAGCCACGACAAGAGUAUACGCAUUUGGAGUAAAUCAGACGAGCCCAUCUUCCUCGAAGAAGAGCGCGAGCGCGAACUCGAAGAACUCUACGAAAACACCCUCGCUACUUCGCUUGAAGACGAGGAGAACAUCACCGGUGAGCGCCCAGAAGCUGUCGAUCCCUCCAAGCAAACAACCGCCACCCUCACCGCUGGCGAGCGCAUCCAAGAAGCCCUGGACCUGGGCCUUGUCGACCUCGACACCAUGCGCGACUGGGAGAUCCAACGUAAAAGCAACCCCAACAUCGCGCCGCCCCAGCGCAACCCGCUCUUCAUGGCUCUCGGCAACAUCUCCGCCGAGCGCCACGUCCUCAACACACUGUCCAAAAUCCCCGCCGCGCAGCUGCACGACGCCCUGCUCGUCUUGCCUUUCUCAUCGCUCCCCACGCUCUUCACGUUCCUGGCCAUCUGGGUGCGCAAGCAGUGGAACGUGACGCUCACAUGCCGCGUCCUCUUCUUCAUGCUCAAGACGCAUCAAAAGCAGAUUGUGUCGAGUCGCGAACUCAAGGCUGUGUUGGAGCACAUGCGUGCGGAUUUGAGGCGCACGUUGAUGGGGAAUAAGGAUUUGAUUGGGUUCAAUGUUGCGGCGGUCAGGUUUGUGGGGGAAAGGGUGGAUGAGAAGAGGUUUGUGAGACUGGAGGAUGUAGAUAAGGAGGAAGGGAGGGAGAGGCGGAAGAGGGCGUUUGUGGAUGUUGCAUAG